CAAAGUAAAUUGCAAAUAAUUUUCCCUUUGUAUUUUUUUUAAUGUUAAAGAAUGAGCUUCCUUAUUAAAAUUGAAGGGAGGCAGGGAGCAGCCGAGAAAGAGACGGUCUCCUCCCUCUCCCAUUGUCCGCACGGCAACCACCAGGCCUACCAGCUACCUCCGAGUCCGACCCUGUCUGUCCAUGGCAGCGCCGCCGCCGGCGUCCCAAGAGCCGCCGACGCGCUAGAGUGCUACACCCAUGGGGGCCGCCGGCGGCCGCGCGGCGCCGUCGUGGCGGUCGCUGCUGCUCGCGCUGUGCCUGCUCCCCGUCGCGCUGCCGCUGAUGCUCCUCUGCCUGCCGCUGCUCUGCGUCGCCGUCGCCGCCGCCCGCUUCCGCCGCCGCCGGAGGAAGCUGGUGACGGCGGGGAGGAGCGGCUGCCGCGUCGCCAGCGGUGGGGGGCGCCGCGCGCCGGAGGAUGGCGAGGGGCACCGCGCGGAGCUGCUGCGCAAGUACCUCCAGGACCAGAUGGAGCUCGUCGGCGCCGACGCCGGGGCCGGGGACGGCGGCGGCGGCGGCGACCGGCGGCAGAGCUCCGGACAAAGCCAUCCGCAGUGGUAGCGUGGGGUAAGAGAGGUAGCUGCUGAUUGUGAUUGGGCGCAAGGAACAGAGCACGCCAAUCUUGGAGAUGAAGGCUCAUUAGAGGAUUUUUUUUUGUUUUGUUUCUUGAUUCUCCAUUUGUGUAGCUGCAGAUGCGGAGGGGAUUUUUGCUUCUGUGAGUGUGAGAGUUGUAUUGACAUGAGGUGAGAUCAUUUCAUGGUUUGCUGAAUACUGAUGGAUCAGAUAGAUGUUUCAGGCAGAUGAAUGAUUGGAUUUUUCUGUGAGCUGUUAUACCUUA